AAGACGAGUUGGGAUACCUUAGAUUCUCCAAAAGUGAUAAUUCGGGUUAUUGUCCAAAUCUAGACCAACAGGGUGAUAUGAUGGUACACCUUGCCUCUCGUUAAACCACCUUCGUUUUUUAUUUGAUUCUUUUCUUGCCCGAUUUCAAAUAACGGCCCCUCCAGGAUGCGAACUUGACGUCUCCCUAAGGCCCGGAUAUUGAAAGGUGUUGGUUGCGAUAUUCGCUUUUGAGCACACAAACAAGUCAGCUGAGCUGAACUUGAAAGAUCAACAAGGCGCGGGGCGUAUGGUAUGCGUAGCAGGAUCCGGCUAACCUGAGCAAAUAAAAUAUACAAAUUAAUUGUAUCAAGUACGUAACCUAGAACUUUAAGGUUGCCCAGCCCAGCCCAGUCUUAAGCAAGCCACCAGGGGAAAGCGCCGCAGGACGGAAAGCGCAAGGAAGGAGCCUGGAAGAAGUCUGAAAGAAGCGCGCACAAUGUCUCGCAGCAGCAGUCGCAAACCAUCUGAGGACGCAGCUGUCGUUACAACAACACCAGCCAUAUUCGACGACGAAGCUGUUAAGAAGGCCCGCGACGAGUACGCCCUCAACCCUGUCGGUACUAGCUCAUCCAGCAAGUCCUCCUCCCCCAUCAAGGGCAGUCAUCUACGGCUCGCUUCGAACUCGACGGACGACGACGACGGCAACGGCAACGGCAACGGCAACGGCAACGGCGAAGUUGCCGCGGCGCGCAUCGCUGCGGGACAACCGCGCGACACGGAUAACGCUUCGAUCGAGAAUGGCUACAGUGUCACGUAUAAGGUGUACAAGCGACGGUGGUUUGGCCUCUUACAGCUGACACUGCUCAAUAUCAUCGUCAGUUGGGACUGGCUGACUUUCUCCCCCGUCUCACAAAAUGCCGCUAUUUAUUACAGCACGACCGAGUCCGCCAUCAACUGGUACUCGACCGGCUUUCUGUUCGCCUUCGUCGUCAUCUUCCCCGUCACCAUCUACACCCUGCAUUGGGGUCCAAAGCCGUCUAUCAUUGCCGCCGCCGUGCUGAUCCUCGUCGGCAACUGGAUCCGCUAUGCCGGCUCUUACUCCCGCGACGGGGGUAAUUACGGGGUCGUCAUGUUCGGUCAGAUCUUGACUGGAUUAGCCCAGCCGUUCGUCCUAAGUGCCCCCACGCGGUACUCCGAUAUGUGGUUCACGGAUAGAGGCCGUGUUGGCGCUACCGCUCUGGCUAGUCUGGCGAAUCCGUUCGGCGCCGCACUCGGGCAACUCAUCGUGCCGUUUAUGGUUACGGGUCCGGCUGAUAUCUCUAACGCCGUGCUCUACGUCGCUAUCAUCUCCUCCGUCGCCGCUCUCCCGUCCUUCUUCAUCCCAGCAGAGCCUCCCACUCCCCCCGGCCAAUGGUGCUCCACACCUAAAGCGUCCUUCCGCUCCUCGUUGCAACUCCUGAAAUCCGCCGAGAUCUGGCAGAUCCUGAUCCCGUACUCAGUCUACGUCGGCUUCUUCAACAGCAUUUCUACGCUGCUCAACCAGAUCAUGAUGCCCUACGGCUUCUCGUCCGACGACGCCGGCAUCGCCGGUGCCCUGCUCAUUGUCGUCGGGCUAGUCGCCGCUGCCAUCGCUAGCCCUAUCCUCGACCGCACAAAGGCCUUCCUGCUCGCUAUCAAGGUCGCCGUCCCGCUUAUUGCACUGUCUUACCUUGUUUUCAUAUGGAUGCCGGGUACCCGCAACUUAGCCGGCCCAUACGUCGUGCUCUCCAUCCUCGGCGCCUCGAGCUUCUCUCUGCUACCCGUUGCCCUAGAAUUCCUUUGCGAGCUGGGCCACCCCAUGAGCCCCGAGAUCACGUCUACGAUUGCCUGGGCCGGCGGCCAGUUGCUAGGCGGUAUUUUCAUCAUCGUCAGCGACGCCCUCAAGGCGGGGCCAACAGCGGAUCCGCCGUUCCAUAUGUACAAUGCGCUCGUGUUCACGGCGGUUGUUUCCCUGGUGGCGGUCAUCCCGGUCAUGGCGUUGGGCAUGCUUGGACGCAGGGAGAAGCUGGCUAUUAGACGCAUGGGAAGCGGGAGUAGUAGUAGCAGUAGCACUCAGGCUGUGAGCGACAGUCCUACGUAAUGCGGUAGCUACGAUUCGUCAUGAUGCGUUGGGCGGGAUGAGAUGUUUUUACGCACGGUUAGAUACCUAGAUAGACGGAUGGGUGGGAAGACGUGGUGUCCGGUGGGUGGGCGGCUGGGUACCUAACGGCAAUAUCCGAAUAGGAUAAUCAACCUUGGGAGGGAUCACGGACAAGGACUCGGAUAUGAACGCGGUUUUCUUUCUGCUCUCAUCCUACUAUAUCAUCUUUCCCUAGUGUGUUAUUCCUGUAUCUAUCUAUACCCGUAGUGCGAAUUAAAUGUAUUUGCUAUUACUUA